AUGCAUAUCGGUCUUUCUCUUCUCGCCCUCUCGGCUUCAACACUGGCUGCGCCGGUGCAUACUCCUCAGAAUCAGGAUUCUACCGACCCGGUUCGUGUCAGCAAACUUCUGACGCCCAUCUCCCACCCUGCUAAGGAGGAAAAUCGCGUGGAGGCACGUACCUUCGGCCUCCUGACUGGUCUGCUCUCCCACGGUUUGGGCGGAUCAUCUGCAUGCGAAUCCUGCGAGGGUGAAGCCGGUGGCUCCGCUAGCGCCAACGGUGGAUUGGGUGGCCUCUUGAGCGGUGGACUGGGCGGUCAUCUCGGGGGUGGUCUGGGUGGUCACGGUGGUGGUUACGGCGGCAGCGAAAGCGGCGGCGACGACUGUGAUGAAAAUGGUGAAGGAGUGAGUGUUGGUGGUUCUUCCGGCGGCAUGGCCGGAGGUUCCGCUGGAGGUUCCGCUGGUGGCUCUGCCGGUGGAUCAGCAGGAGGCUCAUCCAGUGGCUCCCAUGGAGGAUCUUCUGGUGGCUACGGUUCCUCCGGUGGUUCCUCCUCUGGCAGUGCUGGAGGAAGUGCAGGCGGUUCGUCCAGCGGUUCAGCUGGUGGUUCCGCUGGUGGCUCUGCUACUGGUUCCCCCGGUGGUUCUCCCUCUGGUGCUCCUCCCUCUGGUGCUCCUCCCUCUGGCGCUCCUCCCUCUGGUGCUCCUCCCUCUGGUGCUCCUGGUGGAUCUGCAGGUGGUUCCGCUUCUGGCACUUCCGGAGGUUCUGCUACCGGCUCCGCGGGUGGCUCUACUAGCGGCUCGGCCGGCAGCGAGACAGGUGCCUCCCCUACUGGCCAUGGCUCUGGUUCUGGUUCUGCUGGCGGUUCCGCCGGUGCCUCCCCUACUGGCCAUGGCUCUGGUUCUGGAUCUGCUGGCGGCUCCGCUGGUGGAAGCGCAGGCGGCUCUGGCUCUAGCUCCGGCUCCGGCUCGACCGGAGCUCCUGGCUCUGGCUCUGGUGGUAUCAGCAUCGGCACGACUGGCAGCGGCGGCGCCUCUGCCUCUGCCUCUGCUUCUGCCUCUGCCUCUGCCUCCGCCAGUGCUAGCGCCUCGGCUGGUGCCUCUGCGCCUGGUGGAUCGGGCUCUGACAACGGCGACGACUACGGUGACAGUGGCUGCGAGAAGUGCGGUGAGGACUCGGGUGAUGACUCGUCCAAGGGCGGUGAUGACUCCGAGGACUGCGAUGAGUAG